AUGACUUCCAGUAAAAUUGAGAUGCCAGGGGAGGUGAAGGCAGAUCCUGCAGCUCUGAUGGCAUCUUUGCAUCUGCUGCCUUCUCCCACUCUCAACCUUGAAAUCAAAUACACCAAGAUUUUCAUCAAUAAUGAGUGGCAAAAUUCUGAAUGUGGGAGGAUAUUCCCAGUAUAUAAUCCAGCAACAGGAGAGCAGAUCUGUGAGAUCCAGGAAGCUGACAAGGUUGAUACAGACAAAGCAGUGAGGGCAGCUCGCCUUGCUUUUUCUCUGGGUUCAGUUUGGAGGAGAAUGGAUGCAUCAGAAAGAGGCCACCUCUUGGACAAGCUAGCAGACUUGGUCGAAAGAGACAGGGCAAUUCUUGCUACUAUGGAAUCACUGAACAGUGGCAAGCCCUUCUUGCAAGCUUUCUAUGUAGAUCUUCAGGGAGUUAUAAAAACCCUGAGGUAUUAUGCUGGCUGGGCAGACAAAAUCCAUGGAAUGACCAUUCCUGUAGAUGGAGAUUAUUUUACGUUUACAAGACACGAACCCAUCGGAGUGUGUGGACAGAUCAUCCCUUGGAACUUCCCCCUGCUGAUGUUUGCAUGGAAGAUUGCUCCAGCUCUGUGCUGUGGUAAUACAGUAGUUAUUAAACCAGCAGAACAAACACCACUCAGUGCUCUCUAUAUGGGAGCCCUCAUCAAGGAGGCUGGCUUUCCACCAGGAGUUGUCAAUAUUUUGCCAGGAUUUGGUCCAAUUGUUGGUGCAGCCAUAGCAGCUCAUGUUGGCAUUGAUAAGAUUGCUUUUACUGGAUCCACUGAGGUUGGAAAGCUGAUCCAAGAAGCAGCUGGAAGAAGUAACUUGAAGAGAGUUACACUGGAGCUGGGUGGGAAAAGCCCAAACAUUAUUUUUGCAGAUGCAGACUUGGACUAUGCUGUGGAACAAGCUCACCAAGGGGUCUUCUUCAAUCAAGGUCAAUGCUGUACUGCAGGCUCACGGAUUUAUGUGGAAGAAUCAAUCUAUGAAGAGUUUGUUAGAAGAAGUGUAGAGCGUGCAAAGAGGAGAGUUGUGGGGAGUCCUUUUGACCCAACUACAGAACAAGGCCCACAGAUUGAUAAAAAACAAUACAACAAGAUCUUGGAACUGAUUCAAAGCGGCAUUACUGAAGGAGCAAAACUUGAAUGUGGGGGUAAAGGGCUGGGAAGAAAGGGCUUCUUCAUUGAACCUACGGUGUUUUCCAAUGUAACAGAUGACAUGCGGAUUGCCAAGGAGGAGAUUUUUGGACCUGUUCAAGAAAUACUGAGAUUUAAAACCAUGGAUGAAGUUAUAGAGAGAGCCAACAAUUCUGAUUUUGGAUUGGUAGCUGCUGUCUUUACAAAUGACAUAAACAAGGCCCUGACAGUCUCUUCAGCAAUGCAGGCUGGGACAGUCUGGAUAAAUUGCUACAAUGCCUUAAAUGCCCAAAGUCCUUUUGGAGGAUUCAAAAUGUCUGGCAACGGGAGAGAGAUGGGUGAAUGCGGAUUGAGAGAAUAUUCUGAAGUUAAAACUGUGACAAUAAAGAUCCCUCAGAAGAACUCCUAAAAUGAUGAAGGACCACAGUGUGCAGAAGAGCACAUGAUACCACUCUGUAUUCCUUAUGGAGACCAGCACUCAGGAAUAAAAAGUGUUACACAAUAUAUAUUUAAGAAAUUAGGUUGCAACAUAUAUACUGGGCACGUAAUUGUGUAGGUAAUGCAAACCAACUCUGCAUGUUUUCAUAAAACUCUCUUGAGAAUCAUUACAUCUUUAUAAAACUAAUCGUAACAAGAGAUAAAAUUGCUGUUGGCCAUAAUUUAAUAAUGGUUCUAGCUAUAAAACUGUUAAAUGCAAAUGCAUGCACACACACAUUUAUCUCUUCUUUAAAUAAACAAAGUAAUUCUUACUCCUUUCAGACUGCCUUCUAAAACAGACCUGCAUUGUACUAAGAUUCUAGUUUCAAUCAGAACUUUACAGGCCAGAUUUUACCCUAAAUGCUAGCAGUGAACAACAUAAAGAAGUAUCACUGAUGUUCUUAAAAAAGUAAAAGACUCUGAACAUUAACGAACCAAAAAAAUGGUGUACUGGCAACUUUCCCAUUAGCAUGCUCACACAAAGAGGUCAAACUAGAGAAGGAAUCAACCCAUUAUACGGACAACGAACUGCAAAUACUUAGUAGUGAGAUUUGGCUUUCAGGACCCACAGCAAUUUGGUUUCCAGAGUUUAUUUUCAUAAUUACUUUAUGUCUUGAUGUAAGGAAAAAUCCUCCCUCGCUUACUUGAACUUGAAAGGUUUUACCUGCCUGCCAAAAGAGCAUGGCCAUAUAGGGUGAGAGGGUGUUAAGGAGAGCAGGAAUGGAUCCUGAGGCUUCACAGCAUAUUUCAGCUUUCACUGUUUGUCUAGUUUUGUUGUUGUUACUGUUGGUGCUUUCACUUUUUUAAAAACAAGUAUAUGCACAUGCAGAUGCCAUUUAUUUGUCUACUAUUAAACGGUCUGUGAUUACACUGGGAAUUAUUAUGUAUUGGUUACAGCAGGAAGAACCCAGUAAAAGGCCACCUAACAAGAAGCAGGCUUGAAUUUAUUUUCUUGCUAAAUGAUGGCUUGCUGUCCUCACCAUGCUUGUGAGCCUCAGGUGAGCUUACUGGGUAGUACUGACUUUUCAGUUAUGUCUGGUUGGUUUUUG